AUGCUCAAAGCACAGGGCUUUGGCCGCAUCAUCAACAUCAGCGGCCUCAACGCACGCAACGCCGGCAACCUCAGCGGCGGCGCGCGCAAUACCUCGCUGGUGCACAUGACCAAGACCCUGGCCGCGCAGCUGGGUCAGUUCGGCAUCACCGUAACUGCAUCCAUCCCGGCCCACCGCACCGAGCGCACGCCGAGCCUGCUGGCCUCCCGCGCCGAGCAGCUUGGCGUCUCACCGGAAGAGGCCGAGGCGCAGGACUUCUCUCCCGGCUCGGCCCGAGGCAACCACAUCUGCCGCAUGGUCGACGCCUCGGAGAUCGGUCUACCUGACCGCCUUCCUGGCCUCGACAAGGCGUGGGCGAUCACCCUGGCGAGUUGA